AUGCCUACAGUAUCAAUACAAUUGAUCUUAGUCCUCACUUCACUGCUGUUGGUGUUGCCUGUUGUUGAAGCAGUGGAGGCUAGAGAUGCCAUCGCUCUGUUACUGGGUGUAGUUCUAAGCAUCACAGGCAUCUGUGCUUGCUUGGGGAUAUAUACUCAAAAGAGAAAUGGACAGACGUGA